GAUUCGAUGUGACGGAAAAUCUUGAAAAGUUUUUUGUUUUUGAGAUGAACUAAACAAGACCUAAGUUGUAUUGUUGGCUCCCCCGUUCCACAGUCCCACACUCCCACGGUACAGCUGAGUGCGUGCGACCGCACUAGCAAGCUGAGCGGAGGCAGCAUCCAAGCCGGAUCGAGCAAGGUACGUAGCGCGAUGGCCUCGCCCAAGCAUUCUCAUCAGCAUCGUGCUUCCGCGGCUCCUCCGGCGUCGUCCAACUCCCACUCCAAGCACAUGAGCAAGCAGCACUACGCACGGGCGGCGGCGUCGUCGACGAAGCAGCGGCCGCUGUCGCUGCGGCGUGCGAUGCUGCAUUCGUGCGUGUGCUUCCUGGUGGGUCUCCUCACCGGGUUCGCCCCUUCCGACUGGACGGACGCCGCCUCCCGCGCGGCCGUCCACGCCAACGCCGCCGCCACGGCGCAGGUGUUCCGGGCGCUGCACGCCAUGAACAACACGGCGGCGGCAGGGGCACUCGGCCACCUGCUCACGCUGCAGCACUACCAGUCGUCGUACCAGCAGCCGCAGCAGCCUCCUCCUCUGGAUCUGGUUGUGGUGGUGACGACGACCACGACGUCGACGGGGCUUUCGGAGCGCGAGCGGCGGUCGGCGGGGCUGACGCGCACGGCGCACGCGCUGCGGCUGGUGUCCCCUCCCGUGGUGUGGCUGGUGGUGGAGUCGGCCCGGGAGGCGGGUCCCACGGCGCGGCUGCUCCGGCGCACCGGGGUGGUGUACCGGCACCUGACCUACGGGGAGAACUUCACGUCGGAGGCGUGGGAGGAGGAGCGGCACCACCAGAGGAACCAGGCGCUGGCGCACAUCGAGCAGCACCGCCUGCGCGGCGUCGUCCUCUUCGCCGGACUCGCCGACGUCUACGACGUCCGCCUGCUGGAAAACCUCAGGCACAUCAGGACUGUGGGUGCGUGGCCAGUAGCGACGGUAUGGGAGCAGGAGAAGAGGGUGGCCGUGGAAGGGCCCGUCGUCUGCACCACCGCCGGCACAGGGACAGGGACAGGGACAGCAGCAGCAUGGUUCUCCUCAUCCGGAUCCGUCUCACCAACACCCCCUGUGCUGACCGACGACUCCGUCCACGGCUUUGCCUUCGCCAGCGACCUCCUCUGGGACCCUGCUAGGUGGGACCGCUUCCCCACCUCCGAGCCCGACCAGUCGCAGGAUUCCAUCAAGUUUGUGCAAAGGUUGGUGGUGGCAGACUACAACAAAACAAGGCCCAUCCCUGAUUACUCCAACUGUUCCCAAAUCAUGGUCUGGCGUGUCGACACGACGCUGCUCUAGAGGCCCAUUCCAUCGUCACACCUACACAUGCAUGCAUCCAGCUAUUACAGUAGCUUGUUCAAUUCGUCCAUGCAUGAAUCAUGAUCAUGCACAUCCCUUAGCCUCUUGCACGCAUGCGUGCCAAGCGCUCACAUGAAAUGCAUGCAUAAAACAUAGUAAUAUAUACUCCUACUAAGGCAUUAUAAUGAACUAAUUUCAUAGCUUAGCUAGUAGAAGCUCAACGAUGAAGAAAGGCAACAAAGUUAUUCAAAUUAAGAGUUUGUUUGGCAUGGCUCAACUUGUUUUUUAAGAAAAUAGCUUUAUAAGCAAUUUUAUAGGUGAUGUUGAGCUAUUUUGAAAAAAAAUAUUUGGUAAAAUAGCUUCAUCAACUACUUUAUGCAUAGAUGAGAGAGAGAAAUGGGGGGAGAUAGUUGCAAUAAGCUACUGUUUCCAGCUUCAUCUCAACUCAUGUCUUCGUGAGAGGAGAAAAAAAAACAGUUUCACCAUGAAGCUAUUUUAGAAAUUUGAGUUUAGCAAAAAAAAAAAAACAACUCACAACAAUGAGCUGUACCGAAUAAACCCUAAACAAAAUUGUUGCUUUUCUUUUCUUUUCUUCCCGUGUAUUCCUAGUGAGGCCGGACCACUGACCCCCACCUUACAUACAUGAUACAUAAUAUGUACUCUCAUCACUAUUAUAUUAUACUAGCAAAUGUAUCUAUGUGUUGUAAAGGGAGAUAAAUAAAAUCUUUGUAUAUCAAAA